UUAAAUUCAAACCGUUGUUUACAAUAAUGUUGAAGAGAAUUUGGCAACGUGAAAGGGUUUUUUUAAACAAAAUUUAAACGAAAACUAUUGUAUCAAUAAACAGAAUAUUUUUUGUUACUUUCUACUACCUAAUAGUAAAAAAAAAUAAAUUUAAAGUGGAUAUAUACGUGUUAUAUUGUAUUUUAGAAAUAAAUUAGUCGAAUCCUCAUAGAAAUAUACAUUUUUUUAUAACAAAUAUGUUUUUUUUGAUAAUAUAAAAUGAACAUAUUCUUUUAAAAAUAUAAAGUAAUAUUACAAAUGGAUGCCACACCUUGAUGGUCGAGCGAAAAUAUCUAUUCCAUCAUUGAGUUACGUCACGUGACCUACUGCUACCAACUUUUUAAAAUAGAUUCGUUUCGUGUGAAGAAGCUGUUCUCGGUCAAUUCAAUUCAAAAGCUCGAAAGCGCAGUUGAUUGAAUUUUUGUAUAAACGAAAAAUGACUAAAUUUGUGAUAAUUUUUGCGUGUUUGGCACUUUUUGAAGCUGCUUCGGCUCUUCAGUGUUACAAAUGUGACAACUGUCAAGGAUCACCGUCAUCAUGGGAAAAAAUUAAUUGCGGCAACGCUCAAUCGAACGUACCUCCAUUUACCGAACACGCGUGCGCAACAAUUAAAUACAAAGAUAGGGUAACUUACAAAGACGCAGUACAGAAAAAAUGCGUCUUGGCCGAAAAGAAAAAUGGUAAAUUGUCUUUCAACUGUCCAACUUCAAUGGGAGAACCUAGCGAAUGCCCGGUUUGUCAAACUGACUUAUGUAAUUCAGCCACGACAAUAAAAUACAGUUUUAUGACAUUUGUUUCUGUUGUUUUGGCAGUUAUUUUACCAAAAUACUUGUAAAUUCAUUUGUUUUCAAUUCAAACUAUAACAAUAAUACCUUUAAAGUGUCAACUAAACGAGAUGUUUCAAAUUCCGAUUCUAAAAAUUCGUAUUCAGUUGAAGAGAUUCUAAUUUCACAAUUUUUAUUUCGUUUUAUAUAAAUUUUUGUACAAUUUCGUUAUUAAUAAAUGAAUUAUCGAAAA